GCGACUGUUACUGUUACUACUACCACGUACCUGGUGCUCUCUCUCCCCGUUGAGAUGAUUGGCACAUGCAACCAAACUCAAUCCCAUGCGCACGCACACACUCCUUCACCCUCACUCUCUCCCCGGGUCCCUCCUCUCACUCACACCUCGGAGCUCCAACUCCCCAGAGAGAGCUACCGUCUGCCGCACCGUUUCGACCCGCACCGCAGUGCACCCUUAGCGCCUACCGUGUCUCCGAACCCCAAACCCAAACCCAAACCUUCCCGAUUCCCACCCUCUCGAAUUGCGGAUUGCGGAUUGCCAUCUUGGACGAACUCACUCUCUUCCUUCCUACCGUGCUCUUGACUGCUACGCCUCAUCGUCGAGUCUCACUUCUGAACACAGGCUCCUGCUUCAGGCUUGAUGGGCCUCGUCCAAAUAUCACGGAUGCCCUCCACCAAAGAAUCUAGAGACGCCGACGGCUCAUCCCCUUCAAACGGUAAAUAAGUACCCUGCCUGUCAUCACCCUGACGCACCUCCGAUCCGCCUCCCUCAACUCACCUCUGCACGCCUGCCUGUGCCUCAACAUCGAAUACUGUGUACCACCGGCACCAGCACCAGCACCAACAAGCGACCAAGCGAGCCAGCCAGCCCAGCCCAGCCAGCCCAGCCAGCCCAGCCAGCCUCCCAAGCCUCCCAAAGCCUCUGCCUCUCCUCCUGACCACCUCGUCUGCAUCCUCUGCAUCUGCUCUGCAUCAGCACCUGCGUCUGCACCUGCAUCUGCCCUGUUCUGCUCCUUCCGCCGUCGUCCCCAGCCCAUCUUUGCCCGUCCCGUUCGGCCUCCAACCCCAUCUGCCUAGAUACUAGGUAGUCUACUGGCUCACUGGCUGUGCCUAAUAAACCCUAUUGUCACCUCCAAGCUUCCCUGCUCUUCCCUCCAACCACUCGGCAAACCCCUGUCCGGGCCCCCUUUUGAGCCAGCAGUGCCCAGCACCCUGCCCUGCCCCCAAGGUUGUUCUCCAGCCCUCCUCACCUUUACCUAAGCUCCCAGUCGUCUCGCCAUCCCGACAUCCUCACCACCCACCCACCUCCCACCUCGGGACCCGCCAAGCGCAUCAGUCUGACCUGCCUGCCGUCUGGCGAAUUGGUUGCGCCUUGCCCUCCUCUCCCGCUGCCGUCCUGUUGCCAAUCACCCUCCCUCUCCUCCGGACCACACAGCGAGACUGCCUUGGACGUGGACCACGACCCCAUUGAUCUGUCCGUCAGCGCCUACUGCCGUUCCCCCUGCCAUUUCCCGCGAGGCUGAACAGGUAGAUAGAUCUUCAACAUUUAGAAGCACCUUUCUUCGAAGAUGAAGCGCUUCAGUCAGAGAGUCCUGUCGCGCGGGAAAGACUCCAGCAAAUCAUCAAAGAAGAAGGACUCCAAAGACGGCACAGCCUCCCCCAACAGCUCAGCAUCGAGGGACGGUUCCAACCAGUCUCCCACACUCACGCCCUCGUCCUCCGCUUCCAAUCUUCCCGACACCCGAAACAAGCCUCUCCCCCCUAACAGCGCUGGAGCACAUGGGCAAGAGCAGGGCAUCCCAGGGCAGUCACCCUUGAGCAACAUGAGCUCCGCCUCGGGAUCUGGCUCCUUUGGCGCCUCCUCCCAGUCUGCCAAUGGCGGCGGCACGCCCCAGCGCUCCGGCGGUCUCCCGCCCACGGUCAUCAUCAGCCCCAGUGCUCCUCAUGUCCCUCCGCCCGGCGCGGCCGAGACCAUGCCGCACGACCUGGCGCCUCCAAAGGCUGGCCAAAAGUCCCUGAUGUUCGACCGUCUGCAACAGACCCCGAAGGACGUGCCCGAGGGCUUGAGGACCCCGAAGCGCCAGCACUCGUCUCGAUUCGACAUCUCGGCGCAUCGCGAGCUGGAAAAGCUGCCUGGUUUUCACGAGGUGCCGCCUAACCGGCGGCAGGAGCUGUUCAUGCAGAAAAUCGACCAGUGCAAUGUCAUCUUCGACUUUAACGACGCCAGUGGCGACAUGAAAUCUAAGGAGAUCAAGCGCCUCGCGCUUCACGAGCUACUCGACUACGUCGCCAACAAUCGCCAGGUCAUCACUGAGCCCAUGUACCCGCGAGUUGUCGAGAUGUUCGCCAAGAACCUGUUCCGCCCGUUGCCGCCGCCAAUGAACCCAUCGGGAGAAGCCUUCGACCCUGAAGAGGACGAGCCCGUGCUAGAGGUUGCUUGGCCUCACAUUCAAGUCGUCUACGAGUUCUUCCUGCGUUUCAUCGAGAGCCAGGAUUUCAACACCAACAUCGCCAAGGCCUACAUUGACCACAGUUUCGUCCUCCGACUGCUCGAGCUCUUUGACUCUGAAGACCCUCGUGAGCGCGAUUUCCUUAAGACAACGCUGCACAGGAUCUACGGAAAGUUCCUCAACCUUCGAAGCUUCAUUCGACGGUCCAUUAACAAUGUCUUCUUCCAUUUUGUGUACGAGACGGAAAGGUUCAACGGCGUGGCCGAACUCCUCGAAAUUCUGGGGUCCAUUAUCAACGGAUUCGCAUUGCCCUUGAAGGAGGAGCACAAGUUGUUCCUCACACGUACGCUGAUACCUUUGCACAAGGCAAAGAGUCUCAGCAUGUACCACCCACAGCUUGCGUAUUGCAUCGUUCAGUUCUUGGAGAAGGAUGCGUCUCUUACGGAAGAGGUGGUGCUUGGUCUCCUACGCUAUUGGCCAAAGGUAAACAGCACCAAGGAGGUCAUGUUCUUGAAUGAAGUAGAGGACAUCUUCGAGGUUAUGGACCCGGCGGAGUUCGCCAAGGUUCAGGAGCCGCUGUUCCACCAGCUCGCAAAAUCGGUGGCGAGCCCGCAUUUCCAAGUUGCAGAGCGUGCUCUGUACUUCUGGAACAACGAGUACUUCUGCAACCUGGUUAGCGACAACGUGGAGAUCAUCCUCCCCAUCAUGUUCGCGCCGCUGUACGAGAACUCCAAGGGCCACUGGAAUAGAACUAUUCACGGGAUGGUUUAUAAUGCCAUGAAACUCUUUAUGGAGAUUAACCCGCAACUAUUCGAUGAUUGCUCGCAGGAGUACACGGAGCAGCAGAACAGCGCGCCGGCUAGGGAGCAGCAGCGAGAGAGGAAGUGGGCGGCCAUUCAAGAGUUGGCCAACAAACAAAAGGCUAAUGGGUCAGCGGCACCCCAAGAUGAGCAGACGGAAGAGACUGACGGCACAGAAGAUAACCAGAAGCGGCUCGACUCGCUGAACCUGCAAGACGGAGACCGAAGAGAUCGGCGGCCGGGUACGCACGAGAGGCAGAGCUCGGCGGGGUCGUCAAGAAGCGGGCGAUAACCUGAGAUUGUUGUGUCCUGCCCCAGCAGUGCGUCAGACCGGAUCAGGCUCAGGGUGGCAUAUGGACAUCGACCAGGUGGAGGGUUCCGAGGACGGGUAAUGACGAAAGCCCGGUUUCUAGCAUUCUUUGCAAAACUAAUGCCAGAGGUUCUCUUGGGCAUCAGCGGAUCCAGCUUAGAGAAGGAACCAGGGGCACGGAACAGGCACAUGCGACCCAAUGGCCUUGGCUGAACUUGGUCGUCUCUGGUGGCAGGACCAGACAAACUUGCGCUUGCUGGCGCUGCUUCUCACACUUUCAAUUAGAACACACGAGCUGUCAAAGGGGGCUGUUCGAGUACUCUAGCAGACUUUUGGUUUGCUGUUGAUUUGGUAGACCGACUAGCAUUAGGGCCAAUGUUUCUGUGGCAACGAAAGACCGGAUGGUACAGGCAAAGGGGAGUCGAGCUCUCUUCUGUUAUUCUCCAGAGGCCGGUCAUGCGGUGCUCCCGCUGGGCAGGAGGGGUUUGCGGGAUGAGGACGGGGGGCGGUUGGCGAUGGAAAAUAUGGCGAGAGGCCACCUUUCGAGGGAAGAUUUUUAACUGUACGAAUUUUUAGUCAACAAAGCUUCUGCAAAACCACCUCUAGGGCAAAAAGACGGGACAUACUGGCGUGUCGGCGUACCGAUACCGUGGUUUUGGGGAGACGGGGGACGAACGAAACAACGCUUUCAAAAGAAGGCAGCCUUCUUUUUUUCACACCUCCUUCUCUUCUCUUGAAUCUGUCUGAACUUUCUUCUUGUCUACAUACUGUUUACCACGACAACGACGAUGCGAGGUAGAAGCAUGUCAUUUUCCCCAACCAAGACGUUGUCGCAUGUCUCUGCGUAAUGCAUGCUAAGUACUUUUUUGAUAUGGACUUUCUGGGGGGGGGGGGGGCUGUGGUGGGUCGCAGUUAGACGUUGUUGUCGUGACAUCUUGGCCGGGUUGGUAGUCCUCCUUCGCCUUUUACGGUGCUCGCAAAGCACUGCUACUAGAAACGCUUUCUACGAAUGCCGUUUGACCGUUUCCCGGAAUGCCCACCAUCCAUUCAUCCAGCACUGUAGUAUCAUCCAACGACGACUUGUCCCGGCCUCAUCAGGGUCGAUCGAUCACCAUCCUCUCCCCCUGCCGUACCCCCCGCCGCCUCUGCCCCGGUAACUGCCGCCGCCGCCGCCGCUCCCGCCCCUGCCAUACUGGAACCCGCCCGGCUGCUGAUGCUGUUCUGGGUGUCCUCCCUGGGGGGGAUACGGUGGAGGCGGAGGCGGGGGCGCCGCCCAGCCGCCGCCCCACUGGCCCGGGGGGAACGGGCCCGGGACGGGCGGGAACCAGCCCUGAGGUGGUUGCUGCUGUUGCUGCUGCGGACCGUGGCUGCCUGCCAUGGGGGGCGGGGGUGGAGGCGGAGGCCAUUGGCCCUGGUAAUGCGGAGGCGGCGGCGGAGGGGGAGGAGCAGCGGCGUUCCACGAGUUGAACCUGCUAGGCUGCGGUGGUGGAGGUGGUCCCCCCGCGGGGAAGUUUGGGUGGGCGUAUGGGCCUGAAGGAGGCGGCGGCGGCGGCGGCACCGGUAGUGGUGGCGCCUGCUGCUGAUGAUAUGGCUGCGGAUUCGGCGGCACAAAGCCCUUCGGGGGCCCGUAGCCCGCCCCGUGCGAGUUCUGGGCGCCCGAGAGCACCGGCUGUGGGGAGUAGGAGUCGCGCAGGCGUGACCUCGGCCUGCCCCUGCCGUUCUGGCCGCGGCGCGAGGACCGGGACCGAGACGUAGAGCGCGAGUAGCUCCGCUGCCGCCGCGGGCUGCGGCUCCCCCUUCCCCCUCGGCUGCGGGACCGUGAUGCGCUGCUCCUGCUCCAGCUCCGGCCCCGCGAGUGCGAGAGCCGCCGUCUCUUGGUGGCCGGGUGUGAGGGGUCUCGCCUUGACGAGCGCCGGCGGCUGGGACUCCUGGACCGGCUGCUUGAGCGCGAGGAGCCUCGCCGACCCCUCUGCUCGUCAUCGUCGAUGUCCAUCCCGUCCCCCUUGUGCCGCCGUGCCCUCAUCUUGUCGCAAAAGUUCCUGGACCAGCCGUAGUAUGUCUCGCCGCCGACGAUAUCCCCUAGCUCGUCGCGCUCGAUGAACUCGCCCAUCUGGCUGACAUCGAACGCCGAGUCGCCGUCCAUGUGGGCAUCUUUCGCAUAUAUCUUGUCGACAUCGCCCAGCAGCUUCUUCACUGCGUCGACGAGGUUCUUGUCGGCCGGCCCGCCUGCCAGUUGGAGCGGCUUGAUCAUGUUCGGAUUCAUAGGCCUCGUGGAGUUUGGCUCUAUGACAGGGAGCCAAUUAGCGGCGGGGAGGUCGUACCAGGGCGUUGACGGGUCGCCGUGCAUGGACGGCAGUAUGAAAGGCGCCUCUCGUGCCGUUGAGCUCGCCUGUGCCUUGUUUGAGACAUCCCCGCCAUUGGCUUCAGAGCCCUCCGAUUUUGGCCCCUCUUCGACGGCGGCGCGCAAGGACUCCAACACGGAGGUUGAGAAAUAGGAGUUCUUGUCCCACAACUGGAGCAGGUCGUGUAACUUCUUUGUGUGCUUUGGGGCAUUCGUGAAGGAGGCAGCGCUCUUAAAUAAGGCAGGAAGAUGUGGUGCAAUCUUGUCGAAGAAGCCGUUGGGACUGCGUGUCCGAAAUUUGACGUGGAACAGCACGUCGUUCAGCACGUAGAGCACAUGCAGCCUCCUCCGCUUCGACGACGGGCCAGGCGCCUUCUGCGCGCCGCCGGGGAAAGAGGAGGCGAGGGCGACCAGGUAUUUCCCAAAGGCGACGGCGCGGGCGGGAGACUCGACCAGGUGCUGGAGGAUCCAUUGCUUGCAUUUCUGUUGCCGGCGAAAAGAGAAUAUAAGCAAAUGUUUAGCCGGGGCUCAAAGGCUCAUGUCAAAACGGAGUGGCGUGUGUGUUCCAAACCUGAACGUUGGUUGGUGAGCACUUGGCGACGGCUGCGUUGAGCAGGCCAUGGAACUGCUCGAUCUCGUCGCGAGAACACGACGCGAGGCCGGCGUCUGCAUCUGCCUUGAGAAAGGAGGCGAGAAGGGAGGCUUUGGCGAUGGCGAGCUGUGCAGCCGCCAUGUUGACUGGCGGGGUGGCCCUGGGCGAAUGAGCACGGGCGUUGUGGAACGGUGUCGCGCCCUUCAAGGUAUCAUGGGCACAUCCUCGAGAGGAAGGGGAUGAUUUGACAAAGUGACGUGGAAGGGACCGGGGAUGAUGAACCGACUGUAUGUGGAGGGUUGGUCGAAGCCAAAUGGGAGAGACCAGGGGGGAGCUAGAGGAAAGUUCCGAUCAAGAUGCACUAGAGUUGGAGCUGGCCAGGGCAGGGCAGGCUGGGCCGCAGGGCUGGGCCCGCCCAUGCGUGGCUUGGGCAGUCUGCCGACUCGGGCCCGAUGCAACAAACAGUCACAACAGAUGCAGACCGUUCAUUGGUAAUUGAAGGCAGGGGUUUUCGUCUUUUGCUCAGAUCGCUUGUUU